UUUCUCAUUUUUCACUGGAGAGCAACGAGUAAACACACACCAACAUACGCGUUGUACCAGGUAAACAACACAGUAAUGUUUUUGUCAUCAUCUCUCCAGCGCGAUGUUGCCACCACAGCAGCUGGUGUGUUUGCUCUUACCUGCCGCAAAGCAAACGCGUCCACUUAGUACGAGUGCGCAUGCGCGCAGUGACGGUUCAGUUUUUCGUUUAACGUGUUCGUGUGGUGAAAUGUAUGCGCAACAACACAUUUUUGAAAGUUCAUAUUGUGGUACAAAGAGUAGCAACAACACGGUGAUUUUCGUGUGAAUUGUGGUUUGUGAUUUCAGAAAACAAAAGGAAAGGAAAUUGGCGAAAUAUAAAAGUGAUGUUUACUGAAGAAAUUUUCUUCGCUGUAAAAGAAUGAGAAAAAAGUUACACUGGAUAAACGGAUUACUUUAAGGUUAAAUCACAUAUAAUUGAGUACAUGCAGUGAUCGUUGAGCUACCUGCUCGCAGGAUCUUCCAAAUCAAUCAAGAACUGAUCAAGGAAAGAAAAAAAAACAAGUGCAUUGGUGUAAAAAAGUGCAGUGUAGAACUGGCGAAAAAAUAAUUUUCAUUCGCUCGCUUAGAAUUGAAAGGAUUACUUUACUUAGUGGAUCAUUUUAUAAAAAAAUCGGAAAAUGACGCGAAUUCAGCAUCGACUUGCCUCUUCUGCCUGCCAGUUUACACUCCUUGCCAUUAGUAUAAUAGCUCUAUUGCCACAACACACCUGGGGCAUACAGCAGCAACAGAAUUUCCCUGCAGAUUAUCUAGUGCCACCACCAUUACCCACACCACAACAUCUGAAACAUCAAAAUGCACCCGCUCAUCAAGCAGCCGAAACAGUGGCGGCACCUAGUCACAUAUCCUCCACCAAUGCCGUCGAACCGCCCGGCUUUAUGUCACGCAUAGCGCGCUGGUUCGGUCUCGGAGCAGCGGAACAAAAUCAAAUCGCCAACGGUUUCUCAUCGGAUGGUAAACAAGCAUACAAUUAUGAAGCACCCUUAGGACCAGAUGGUAAACCAUGUAACCUUUGCAAUAAAUAUCCUUGGGUGCCAAUGUUCCCGCAAGGUUUACAAUACCAGGCGAAUAAUCAACACGCCGCAGCAGCGCCACAACAGCACUCACAACAACACUAUGAAGCGCAAGCAUCACAGAAAUAUACACAACAACAGCCAUUGCCAUUUGGCAACACUGGAAAGCAACAGUUGCCCGUCAGACAACGCGCUGUACAGUUCAAUUUUCCCACAGUAUAUCAACCACUGCCUGGAUCAUACAAAGCACCACCAGCACCGGGAAAAGCUCCUGUAGCACCACCUUUUCUGCCAGUGCCCAUACCAAAUCUUAGCUUGAACGCUUUGCCACCAAUUUAUAAUGCACAACCCUUCCGGUUGCCUUAUUUGACGCCUGCAGCUUCCACAACAACCACAGAAUCUACGGUCGGCAGUGCACAGCAAUUGCCCACUACGAAACCAGCACACUUCGCGGAAAAUGUUGGUGCACCUUCGGAGUUGCAACCGGAUCGUGUGCGACCAGAGCAGACAUACUCAACGCCAACACGAGUUCAUGAUCCCAGCUUUGAGAUUGUUAAGAGCCAUCAGAUCACCGAUUUCGUCUCAUCAGUCGAAUAUCCAGUCACGUUCGAGCAAUCGCCUUCUAUUGACUUAGGACAACAGCAAGCCCCAGUUAAUCCACAACCGGUCAAGCAGACGGUUGCGACGGUGCCAUAUCAGCAUGAGACGUUCAGUCCAAAUCUACACAAGCACUUGCCUGCGUCGCAAAUACUCACCGAAUUGGGUAGUUUUGCGGGAAUACCACAAACCCAACAGCCGCAACAGAGUCAGUCAUAUCUUAAUACACAGUCGCAGGGUUCAACACCUCCCCAGCCACAAACACAACAACCACAACAGUCACAAAUCUAUCAACAAACGGAUACUUCCUACCAGACGGCAACACAACAGCAACAGGUGCAAUAUUCGCCAGCCACCACAACACAGUCCCAAACGGGGUAUACACAAUUUCAACAAAACUACGAGCCAUCUACAAAUUUCUACACAACACCAUAUCAACAGCAAACGCAAUAUCAGCAGCACAAUUAUGAGCCACAGAAAGCUGCCUAUGAGCCACAAGGUGAAGACAACUUUCCAUCCGCUUCGUCGCACAAUCUCACCGAGGUGCAACAUCAGCAACAGAACCUGGACAACAGACCUUGGUUGCCGCUGACACAAACCUUCCCCUACACAACUACGGAGCCGCCACGCGAGUUCGAGUUCUCGACCCAAUUGUCGCAGCUUGGUGAGGUGGACUACAUAACGGAACGCGUGCAGGGAAAUACACAAGUGCAAUUUUUAGCUUCACUACAAACACAAAAACCACCUCGACCAGAACAAGUAAGGCAUGAUCAACGUGAAACACCAAAACGCUUAUUGGAUUCUCCCAUACAACAUGCGCCGGGUUUUCUUAACCAACCACGCCCCUUUACGCGUGAUCCCAGCGAACUGAAUUUGCGCAGACCGCCUGCGCCGUUUGUGACACCACAACAUUAUUCAAAUCACAAGCCAAAUUCCGUCGAUCUACCCUUCUCCACAGCACCAUGGUUAGUGACGCCUUUGCCACCCUUGCCUACAUUUACUGGUGCACCUGCGGCGCCCACACCAACCUCCACCUACAGUGCCAUAGAUGCGAGCGGUCAAUAUGCUGGCAUGUCACCACCAACACCGCCACCGCCGGCGCGCCACAAGGACGUUCAUCAAAUAAUCAUUCCUUAUACGACGAAAAACAAACCACGGCCCUUUGAGCCUACACGUCCACAGCCGACAGCUAAUCAAAUCGAUCAACAGAAUGCCGCUUUCCAGAAAUGGUCCGCCCAACAGAAUAGCGUGGAUAUACACGAACAACAAGAGUCCAAAUUGGUGACUGCGAAAUUGGCUACGGAGACGCCUCCUCCCGAGUUACCGCGUCGCACCACGAAAUAUGUCACUAAAAUACUUGCCUCAAAUUUACGCGAUCUACUGCGUCGCGAACAUGAAAUCAGACAGCAGAAAACGAAUUCUUCGAGCUUUGAUCUCUCCAAGCUGCAGAAGAAUAUCGACGACUGGACGGAGCAAGAGUAUACCUCCCUGUCACAUCGUCCAAGUACGCCAACAAUACGUGGUCGUUCCAAGCACAUACCUACAGAAUAUCUUACCACAACAACUCCAGCAUCACGGCGACCAAAAACAACAAUUAGUCUAUUUGAACCGCCUUCGGAGUUGCCAGCAUCCGUUAAUGAUUUGCAAUCGCUGCUGUUGGAACGUGGUUCGAAGCGUUUUGAAUUGAAUCAAAUAGACGAUGAUGUGGAUAACCAUUUAUUGGACACACUAGAAAGCGAAACAGCGACAGUCUCUUCAACAACGAGUCAAACAACCACGCAGCAACCGCCGAAUAGUAAUGGACAUGCGGCGCCAAAUUUCAUGCAUCUCAGUUCCGAAUCCCAUCAGCCCGAGCCGGCAGAACUUUGGCGCAAAGCCAAGGUUACCAUUUCGCCACAAACACACGAGAAGGUGUAUGUGGUGACACCACAGCCACGAUUCUUCCCACAACGUACGCUUACCACAACCAGUACGAGCACUGAAGUGCCGCUCAGUUUUAGGAAGUCGCCACGUUUCAUAGUGAGGCCAACGCCCGGUAAUGGCACUCACUCAUCCGCGCCAGCAUCCAGUCUUUAUAGCCCCGAGCUCUUCGGUCUGAUGGGUCUGUCGGCUUAUGUGCCGGCCAAGCCAGUGGAGAUUAUCGAUGGCAAUUCAAAAGUCUUCAAUAUCAUAACGGCACCACCAAACACUCAUGCGGAUGAGUCCAACAAGCAGCUCUCGACCAAGGAUCAGUUGUCGCAGGUGAAGAAAGGCAGAAGACUGAGAUCGACAAUGUCACCAUCGCCGAGAUAAAGUUGCACCUAUGUUGACGUGGAACUUGUUACUGUAUUGACGAGGAAGACGAGGAAGACAACGCAGUGUAUGCAGUUAUCAAUUAGCCGAGCGUUCAUCUGUUCUACUUACUUUACUUUUGUAUUAUACAUUUCAAACGAUAUUUUUUUUUAUAUACGCGAUCGUUAUUCUUUAGCCCUAAUUCUCUAGUUCUAGGUUUGAUGUAAAUUGUUACGGAAGUUCACUUAGCGUUAAAUGUCAUGGAAAUAUUUGUAAGAGUAAUCUGCGCGUGGAAAUAGUUUUAAGAUUUAUUUAAUUGUAAUUGCAUGCAUCAUAUGUUAUAUAUACCGUAUAUGAAUGUAUGCAUAUAUACUAUAUAAUUGCUGAUUCGACCAGAAAACUCGAGAAAUAGCAUCCAGAAGAUUUUUCAGCAGCAGCGCAAACACAUAAACUCUUCGAAACUCUACAUGAGGCCCUAGUGGAUCUUUAAUAUUAGCUUUAAAAAAUAUAUAAUAUAAAUAUAUACUAUAUAUACUAUACAUAUAUAUAGAAAAGUAUUUUUUAGUAAAUUAAUAUCUAGCAGCUAAUGUAUAAAGAAAUUUAAAUAAAUAUGUAAUUAAGCUAAUUUUUUACUUCUUCGAACAUUUAUACUUUUCUCCCAAACCCAUAAGCAGUAUAGUCAGGCAAAAGCAUUUCUAGCAGGUCCCAGUAGUGGAGAGCAAUUAGCGGCGGAUUCGCUUUUAUUGAGUAACUCGACAACCGCUGGCAGAUAUUUUUUGCUUUGAUAGUUUCUAGGCAGCGCCGUUGCUUUUGCAAAAAAACUGGAUUAAACACCUCAACUUCACUCUAAAAGGAUGCUUAAUAAAAUUAAGUUUUGGAAAUUUGAGGGAUGCUGUUGAAGUGCCACAAUAGCCGCUGACAAACUAGGCGUUCAAUCGUUGAGUAUUACG